AUGUCGGAUUCUUUAGUAACGGCGAUAUACAGUUGGUUCACACCGACAGUACUAUUCAUCUUCCUCAACUUAAUAAUUGGCACCAUUGCAAUCACUUCCUCUCUCUCUUCCAAAUCCAACGACCCUAACCAAACUCAGAUCCAACGCUCCCCUUCCGUUAUUCACCGCCUCAAAUCCAUUAACUUCUCCUCUUUCACUUCCACACCCGACAAAACACAUCUCCAGUUCCCUCCUCCUGUCUUAACUCCCGACAACAACAACGAACCACCUUCCAUAGAACAGAACCAGCCUUUUCUCUCUAGAUCUCCUUCUGUUCUCCACCGUAUCAAAUCUUUCAAUCUCUACAAUUACAUUUCUCAAGAACCUGACUCAUCACCACCACCACCGUGUGCCCCCGCCGUGGAGGAAGAGGAAGAAGACACGAGUCCGAGUCUUGAAGAGGUUUACAGUAAGCUGAAUCUGAACCAUGUGGCUAGGACAAAGUCUGAUACGGAGCCAGCUGCUGGAGCCAUCCCACCGAAGCUUCCCAAGAAGAUGAAGAAGUCAGCGAGUACUAAAUCUCCUUUCUCUCAUUUCGAGGAAGACGACGUCGUUGAGGCUCGUCGGCCGGAGACGGUGAGAGUCACGAGGGUUACUCCCGUGGAAGAAGCUGAUGAGCAGGUGGAUGCUAAGGCUGAUGAUUUUAUCAAUCGGUUCAAGCAGCAGUUGAAGUUGCAGAGGAUUGAUUCCAUUACCAAGUACAAGGAGAUGGUCAAGACGAGAAACCAGAAAUGA